AUAAAUUGCACUGGGUAAUUGGGUGUAAAUACCAGUUUGCCCCUGUCCCUUAGAGGGCGCUGUGCCGCAUGUAGAUGAAGGCAGAGCAACUUAGAAGAAAACUUCAUGGCUGCAUCUUUCUUCUUUGCAGUAGUUGAUGAAGUUUCCACGAGGGAUAAAAAGCUAAAGAUUUAACAACAUUUUGACAUUUAACUAUUUAUUUUCGAAUUAAUCCUUUGUUUUAUUUAUUUAAGAAGAAGUUUUCGUUGAAUUACCACUCAAAUGUUUUAACCAUUUGAUCUCCGAUUGGUUUUUUUGUUGUGCAUCUUCUGCCACUAUUGAGAGAGAGAGAGAGAGAUACGGCGAGCCUGUGACCUUCCUAAGGGCUGUGACUGGCGUGUGUGUGACAACCUGCAAGCUUGUGACCUGGACGCAUCCUGUUUACAUUCCCUUGGAUUACAGAUAAGGAUUAAGAUACACAUCACUCACAUACUACCUGGGUAGUGAUUCAAAAGGCCUUCUUGUUUUUUCAUUUUUCUUUAUUUAUUGAUCUAUACAGAGUACGUACGAGGAUCCAUAUUUUUUUCUACUUUCCUUCCCAUCCUUUGUGGAUUUGAAAGACACUUAUUGCACUUUGAACUUUGAGUUUGAACAUAAAGGUAAAACGUUGAACUUUGGGUUCAAAACAAACAUUGAACUUUGGGACUGAAUUUUAUUAUAUGUUAUUGUACAUUGGAUAACUGGUUGAUCAUACGUUUUGUGACUGACUAAGGGUUUUACAUUUCCUAUUGUGUGUUACAAUAAAUGUUACUUCGGUUUCUUUCUAAAUUCUGGUCGUUGCCAAUUCUCUCCUUAUAGUCGAACUUAGCUUUGAUGACUUAGGUAAAAUAGUAACCGUAUAUAUAUAUAUGGUGUUAAGUUAGAAGUGUUACAUCUCUUUUUCGUGGCGAGCCAGCCAGGAGAGUUUUGAGCACGACCCCGACCGUUAGAUCAACAUUUUCUAGCGUUCUCUAAACAUUACGUGAAGUCACUUUCCUUUUUUUGUUUUUUUGUCACGUUAAAAAGAAAAAACUUGAGACAUGGAUUUUGAGCAGAGGUAUGGUGUUAAGCGGGAACGUUCCGUCGCCCUAAUUGGUAUUAAUCACACUGAUACUGAUGCAGACAUCACUGAAACUUUAGAGAAAUACGGUAAAGUAGCUCAAAUAGUGAGAUUACCAAGCAGAGUAGAUGGUAAAUGUCCCGCCAUUGUUGAAUUUGAAUCUGACGCUGCAAGUGCUUCCAUCGAGCCCCACUUACCUUCUAGCAUACAGAAUAUCACCGAACCCACUGUAACAUGGCACAUAAAUAGUGUCGAAGCCCUCAUGCUGACAGUUCAUGACUCUAGCGACUCUAGUGACUCUAGCGACACCAGCGACCUAGAUGAUGGUAGUGACGCUGACUCCGUCCAUAGCUCCACUCCCCUCAUAACUAGAUGUAGAAAGACCCCCACACCUACGAAACCCUACUUAGAGACACCUAAGCAGACUAAGAAAAAACCCUGUGUUAUGGCCAAGCAGAGUGACAUGCCCCCUGCAUCUGAGGAGCUGGAAGAAAAUAUGUUGAACCCGCCAGAGGUGAGACGCAUCGUCGUUGAACAUGUGAUAAAGAACAAUGCCCCCCAACCUCAGAAUCAGUCCAAGUGGUUGCGCUCCUUCUCAGGCAGCGUGCCAAAGCCACCAGGCGAAGCUGACUUUGAAACAUGGCUGCUCCAUGUGGAACUGAUGUCCCAUGACCAAACUCCCAUCGAGGUGCAGAGGAGGAAAAUUCUGGAAAGCUUGCUUCCCCCAGCGUCAGAUGUUGUGAGGCAGCUAGGUUCGUCUGCCCACCCUAGAGACUACACUAGGCUUUUGGAGUCUGCUUAUGGCAUCGUUGAAGAUGGCGAAGAGAUUUUUGCCAAGUUUCUCAAUACGAACCAAGACCCUGGAGAAAAGGCUUCCAGCUACCUGCAGAGGUUGCAAACUCUGCUGGGCGCUGCUGUGAAAAGAGGCGGAGCCAAGGCAUCCGCUGUCAACCGCCACCUGAUGAAGCAGUUCAAGCGUGGCUGCUGGGACCAUGACCUUGUCCUGAAGCUAGAGCUGAAAAGUGGAAAGUCCCUCGAUUACGCUGACUUCCUGCUGCAAUUAAGAACUGGGGAAGACAAGAGAACAGCCAAGCUUGAGCGCAUGAACCGCCAUUUGGGGUCAUCCAAAACCAAAACCUCAAUGAACACUCAAAGUGUGGUGAACACCGCCUGCGUCUCUGAAUACAAUGCCAAUACACUACAAGCAUACAUACUGGAGACCGAGAAUCUCAGGAAACAAGUCGCUGCUCUGCAAAUGCAGCUUGACUCAAAGAAACAUAGAACAGAAAAGAAACAAAGACCUGUAGUCCCUCAGUCUGCCCUGAAUCGACCCACAAUCCGAGCAGAGGCUCAAGUCCACAGAGCAACUUCUCCGGUUGCACCCAGACCUCAGCCCAAGGCCUGGUUUUGUUUUCGUUGCGGAGGUGAUGGCCACAUAGCCAAAGCUUGUGGAAACCCCUUGAACAAAGCUGCUGUCGACCUCAAGUACAAAGAACUGAAGGUGAAGCAGGACGAAUGGGCGGCUAAGUAUGGUUUUCAUUUAAACUGA